CAUCAAUACAAUGAAUAAAGUGCAUGGAAGAGCUAAUAUUCGCAGUAAUUUAGACAACACAUCUGAGAAGGAAGUAGAUUUGUUGGCAAAUCACAAACCCCAAUGAGAAAUCAAGGCUAUGAAUAUGAAUAUUAGAGAUUUUGUGAUGCCUGUUGAUAAACAAGAGAAAAAGCAAAGAAGAGAGACAAAGAGACAGAAUGGAUCAAACUCCUUAAUGGUGGAGCCAGAUACCACACUGUCUAAAACAAGUAUUGAAAUUUACUUCUAUAAUGACCUGAAGAAAAACUGUGACGACCAUGAAAGUUCAGUUCAUCUAUCAAACAUUGAUCAUGACAAUAACAGAUUAUACCCUUCACGCUGCUUCGGAUGCACUAUCUUUUAGAUGGUAGUAACCAGAAACUGCUAAAAGGGUUUAUAAUAAUUUUU